CCUCUGAUUGGGCGCGUGCAAUGGGACGGACGCGCUCUCUCCCACAAGGCGCGCCCGCCUCCCUCAGCUUGUCAUCGCCGCUCCUGUUCUGAUCAGACUCGCACUGGCCGCGGUCGCCACGGGGCUCUGCGCGCGCGUCUCCUUCUCCAACUUGAAGUCAGUCUCCGCGUGGCUCUCACGAUGGACGCCACCAUCUAUGAUAUCAUCCUGGGAGAGCUCGGGUACUUGAACUGUAGUUUGAUAGAGCAUUUUCAUGACACUUUUUCAGAAAACGCUUCAUUGUCAUUGCUGAGCACUGAUGGUUUAUAUUGCAAUGCCACAACGGAUGAAAUUGGAACCUGCUGGCCGCGGAGCAGCACCGGCAGGAUUGUGGAGAGACCCUGCCCAGCUUAUAUUAACGGAGUGAAGUACAACACAACAAGAAGUGCUUACAGGGAGUGCAUGGAUAAUGGUACUUGGGCGUUGAAGAUCAAUUACUCAAACUGUGAGCCUAUUUUAGAUGAGAAGAGGAACUAUCCCAUGCAUUAUAAAAUAGCCCUGAUCAUCAACUUCCUUGGCCACUGUAUCUCUGUGGGAGCUCUGGUCGUGGCUUUUGUUCUCUUCUUGUGCUUAAGGAGCAUACGAUGUCUUCGAAACAUCAUCCACUGGAAUCUGAUCACCACUUUCAUCCUGAGGAAUGUYAUGUGGUUUUUGCUUCAGCUGAUUGACCACAAUAUCCAUGAGAGUAAUGAGCCUUGGUGUCGACUCAUUACUACAAUCUACAACUAUUUUGUGGUGACAAACUUUUUCUGGAUGUUUGUUGAAGGAUGCUACCUUCACACAGCUAUUGUAAUGACAUAUUCUACUGAUAAGCUGAAAAAGUGGGUCUUCCUCUUCAUCGGUUGGUGUAUUCCAUGUCCUAUAAUUGUUGCUUGGGCCAUUGGGAAGCUGUAUUAUGAAAAUGAACAAUGCUGGUUUGGUAAAGAACCUGGCAAAUAUAUGGACUACAUUUAUCAGGGACCAGUUAUUCUUGUGCUCCUGAUAAACUUUGUUUUCCUCUUCAACAUAGUAAGAAUUCUCAUGACCAAACUAAGAGCAUCAACCACAUCUGAAACAAUACAGUACAGAAAAGCCGUGAAAGCCACCCUAGUCCUGCUACCUCUGCUGGGCAUCACCUAUAUGCUGUUCUUUGUCAACCCUGGCGGGGAUGACAUCUCACAAGUCGUUUUCAUCUAUUUCAACUCCUUUUUGCAGUCGUUUCAGGGAUUCUGUGUUUCAGUGUUUUACUGCUUUCUAAAUGGAGAGGUCCGUUCUGCUGUAAGGAAACGCUGGCACCGUUGGCAGGACAACCACRCGCUCCGGGUGCGAGUGGCUCGAGCCAUGUCCAUCCCCACAUCGCCGACCCGGAUCAGUUUUCACAGCAUCAAACAGACCACAGCUGUGUGAGCAAAUGAACGAACACUUUAAAACUACUGAUGUGCUCCUUGCACMCAAAUAAACAGAACUCCUUUAUUUUUUCAUCAAGUGGACUAMAAAAAGUGUAUUUUUUUCAAAGUAAAUUGAUUUCUUUUCUUUGGGAUAAUCACGUUACAGAGAGUCUGAGUGUGUUCCUAUCACUGCCGUUGUACUGUUUAGUCUUUAUUAGUGGAACACGAUAGUUUAACAGGAUCUGCAGCUCACAGAUGCUGGAUUCUUAGUAAGAGAGAGGAAGGCAAACAAUGAGACUUGAAAAAGAAAUGACUCUGACGCAUUAGUUUGUUUGCAUAAAUAGCAGCUUGUUUCAUUAUGAGUAAAAAAUACAGAUUGUGUUAACGUCUGUUGAAGGGAGAAGGUUUUUUUUACACAUCUUCAUAAAGAUUCUAAAUGAAUAUUCAUUCGAAUCAUCAAAACCAUACAUUCCUGUUCUUUGCUUGAAAAUGYCAAUUUUGCAAAAGAAAAGAAAACAGGAAGGUUGACAAGUAAAAACAAAAUUUACUGUGAAAUAAGGUUGUAAUUCCCUGAGGCCACUGCAUUAGUUUCWCUUUAAAGCUUUCAUCCAGACAAGUGAAUUUUAGACUUUAUUCAUUAUUUUACAAAGUGAAAAUGAGUCUUAGUCUUUU